AUGACGGUAGAGAGUAGCCGAAACGGAGGUGUGGAUUCUACACGAUUACCCCAAGACGACAGCUCGAAGAAGGUUUCGCAUCAGAAUGGAGAAAUUUCACGUCCAGAAGGCGAUAAAACACUCAAUGAGAGACGUUUUUCUCAGGAUACAAAUGGUUUAGAUAAGACAGAAGAUGUACUUCUUAAACUUGAUGAUGGUCGUAUUCAGAACAGUCCUGGCGGUCAGUCACUGGACAAGCCCGUGCCCAGGGCGGUGUCUGACACAAACCUCGCGUCCGAUGCAGCUACAACGACACAGUGUGGCGACCAGAACAGACACCAGGGGAACCUGGCAGACGACAACACCCACGAUGAAAAAGAUUCUGCUAAAACUUUGUGGAGAAAGUCAUCACGUGACGGAUACUCCAGCCCCAGUAAACCCGCCAGAGACAGCGACGACGACGAUGAAGACGGAGACGUUGAAAAUGGAAACGACAGAAUUUCCGAAGACCCCGUGCCAUACGACAAAGGCUGGGCUUGGAUGAUCACACUAGGAGCAUUUAUCGUCCUGCUGCUGGUGCCCGGUUAUCACGUGGUCAUGUCCGUUAUGCUGCUUGACAUUGUGGAUCACUACCAGACUUCCGUCACCAUGGUAACUGUGAUGCAGUCUCUCGCUUCACUGACUUUCUGCUUUUCUUGUCAACUGUCGAUGAACUUGCUCCUUCCUCAAACGUCUUUCCGAGUGACCACUGUCACGGGAGCGGUGGUCAACGCAGGCUGCACUUUGCUCAUGACCUUUGCCCCCAGCAUGGAGGUCUUCACAUUACUGAACGUGCUCAAAGCUUUAGGUCAAGGCGGGAUGGUGGCUCCGGCCUUGACCCUUGUGGGCCUGUACUUCCGGCGACGAAGGGCUCUGGCCUCCUCCAUCUCUCUGCUGGGCGUCAGUUUCGCGUCCAUCCUGGUCCCUCAGCUCACGGGCUACAUCAAGGAGCAGUACGGCUUCUCCGGAUGUUAUCUGCUGCUCUCUGCUUACGAGUUACACCUCAGGCUGAAGAACCAGCAGUCGACUAUCUCUGAUGUCUUGCAGAGGAACGCAAAGACUGAGAGAAGAAUCACAAAAUAA